AUGUUUUUUUUUGUUGAACUUUGGAAAAACAUAUCUUUAAGUCCAAAUCAAUUGGGACCUCGAUAUGAUGAACAUAUUGAUGAUAUACUACGUAGUCAGGUUGAAGGUCAAUGGAUCACAUCUUUUGGUUAUGUAGUCUGUGUUGUUAGAAUACUUUUACGCCAACCAGGUAGAAUUCAAGAUGGGACAGGUUUAAUUAUUGUUCCAAUAAAAUAUCAGGCAAUUGUAUAUCGUCCAAUGAAGGGUGAGGUUAUAGAUGGUACUGUUGAGAGUGUAAAUGAACUUGGAAUAAUCGUAAAUUGUGGACCUUUAAAGAGAGUUUUUGUUAGUCAAUCUGCCUUACCAGAAAAUAUUUCUUAUUCUAGUGGAGUUGAUGGCUCUACUGCCCGGGCCUAUUUAGACUCAAAGUCUCAACUACAAAUUAAACAAAAUACGGAAGUUCGUGUAAGAUUACGUGGAGUAAAUCAUGAAACACUUUCAGCAGUUGCAGAAAUGAAUAGUGAUUAUCUUGGUCCAGUGGAAGAUUCAUAA